CACACCACAUUUGCCACUGGUUUGCCUCAAAAUUUAAUUUUCUCCACAAUUUUGUUUCUCCCUCUCUCUCUCUCUCUUCUUCCUUUCAUUUCCCCAAAAUGGAGAAUAAUCCUUCUCCUACAUUUCCCUUAUUCCCAUCUUUAGGUCUCAUUUUGUUCCUUCUUGGUAGCUUGGUUUGUCAAGCACAAGCUAGAGCUUUCUUCGUGUUCGGAGACUCACUCGUUGACAAUGGAAACAACAACUACUUGCUCACCACCGCCCGAGCCGAUAACUACCCAUACGGUAUUGAUUACCCGACUCGUCGGGCAACCGGACGAUUCUCCAAUGGCCUCAACAUACCUGAUCUAAUCAGUGAGGCAAUUGGGUCUCCAUCUACAUUGCCUUAUUUGAGCCCUGAACUUAGAGGAGAGAACCUCUUGGUUGGUGCUAACUUUGCCUCUGCUGGAAUUGGGAUUCUCAAUGACACUGGAAUUCAGUUUUUGAACAUAAUAAGAAUCAGACAGCAAUUGGAGUAUUUCAGGCAAUACCAAGCAAGAGUGAGUGCACUAAUUGGAGAAGAAGAAACAGUGAGACUAGUGAAUGAAGCAUUGGUUCUUAUAACAUUGGGAGGAAAUGACUUUGUAAACAACUAUUAUUUGGUCCCAGUCUCAGCUCGUUCUCGCCAAUUCGCUCUUCCCGAUUAUGUCGUCUAUAUCAUCUCUGAGUAUCGCAAAAUUCUAGCGAGCUUAUACGAGUUUGGAGCGAGACGGGUGCUGGUGACAGGAACCGGGCCAAUAGGGUGUGUGCCCGCGGAGUUGGCCAUGAGGGGUAGAAAUGGCGAGUGCUCGGUGGAGCUGCAACGAGCUGCCGCCCAGUUCAAUCCACAACUCGUCCAAAUAAUCAAUUCUCUCAAUCAGGAAAUUGGUGCUAAUGUCUUCAUUGCUGUUAAUACUCAAAUGAUGCAUAUGGAUUUCGUCACAAAUCCUCAAGCCUAUGGGUUUAUAACUUCAAAGGUGGCAUGCUGUGGGCAAGGGCCAUUCAAUGGUAUAGGAUUAUGCACACCAGCCUCCAACUUAUGCCCUAACAGAGAUGUAUAUGCAUUUUGGGAUCCAUUUCAUCCAUCAGAGAGGGCCAAUAGAUUGAUUGUGCAACAAAUCCUCACAGGCACUCAAGAGUAUAUGCACCCAAUGAACCUCAGCACCAUUUUGGCUAUGGAUUCUAGGACCUAAUAUCAUCACAUUACUUAAUAUUAUUAUUACCCUCCUGUUUGGCUCUGCCCAUAUAUGCCUUGUUCUUUAUCCAACAUUAUAUAUACUUUAUUGGAGUGGGAGUUGUCCUUCAUUUCAUUUAUCAUUGGUUCCAAAAUUAUUUAGUUUUGAUCAUUAGUUAUUGAAGUUUUCCAUAUUGUUUUUCCCUGUGAUGUAGGGGUGGGUUCAGUUAGUUGAUUGUUUGUUUAGUGAGAGAGAAGUUAGAUGUGGAUUAAAAUUAAUCCCUACUUUUGACAUUCCAAAUAAGACUAUUAUUUAUGUUACUCAUGCUUAUUUAUGAA